UCAGCUUUUUCUUGUAAACGAAUCAGUGGAAACUGAAAACUAGCAGAUGCAAACAAAGCUUCAACCAUGAAAAUGGCUUUCCCUCUUUCAAAGGACCCAUCGCUCUGCCAUGUUGACCGGGUAUUUUGAGUUCUCAAGGAACCAAUUUCAAGAACAAAUCAGGCCAGGAAGCUCCUCUUUGCAAUUCCUGUCCCCUUGUUCUAGGAUCCCAAGAUAGUUCCAUAUCUAUCCCUCACCCACCUAUUAUUCGAUUAUAUUUCUCAGCAGAUGAUGUGAACAUGUCACUGAUCCCUUUAUAUAAAGCUGUCUAUAUUUUAUAUUAGCAGUUUUUAUUUCAUCCUUAACAUCUGUUUAUUCUCAUUUUCAUGUUACAGAUGGGCCACCAUUAGAGAGAGACUGAAGGUACUGAAAAAAUAGAGCAGUUAGUAGACAGAAGAAUGUUCAACUCAAGAAAGGCUUUCUCCUCUAGCUAAUACUAGUUAUUUUCUUACCCCAUUAUCAAGCCAAGAGUUUGCUGCUUAAGAUGAUUCUGGCAUAGGCAAAAAGGAGGACCUGGUGGUUGUGGUGGAUCAUCAUCGCUGCUUCGUCUGUUUUGUGUGAUGGGAGCAGUUCUCGCCAUUGCCUUCCUGUUCUUCACCUCACUGUCACUGUCUGAUCCUUCCUUUUCUCAUCCGUCAUGCUCUGAUUCAAGAGCACCUGUUAACUUAAACACCACUCUGAGAUUUUGUCCCUACAAUGGGAGCAGCUGCUGCAAUUCCACUGGCGAUAUGCAAUUGCAGAAGCUAUUUCAGGCAAUGAACAUCUCCAAUCCUGCCUGUGCUUCUCUCUUGAAAUCCAUACUUUGCGCCAGAUGUCAUCCCUUUUCAGCAGAGUUGUUUACAAGCAAUUACGUACGCCGGCCAGUUCCUGUUCUCUGUAAUUCCACUGUUUCAAGAAAUUCAUCGAAUGACUUCUGCUCUAAAGUAUGGGAUACAUGUGAAAACGUAUCUGUAUUAAAUUCACCUUUUGCCCCUUCACUACAAGGCCAAGUUGGAUUACCUGUCGAUUCCAAUCUCACCAAAUUGACUGAUCUCUGGCAAUCAAAAACGGAUUUUUGCGAAGCAUUUGGCAGAGCAUCUGCUGAUGGAUUAUGUUUCAAUGGUGAACCUGUUACCCUCAAUAACACUGGUUCAUCGAGUCCCCCAGCUGGUUUGUGCCUCGAGAAAAUUGGAAAUGGAUCUUACCUCACUAUGGUUGGUCAUCCUGACGGCUCUAACCGUGCAUUCUUCUCCAGCCAACCGGGUAAGAUUUGGUUGGCAACUAUUCCUGAAGAAGGAUCUGGAGGAAUUCUGGAAAUUGAUGAGUCCAAUCCUUUCAUUGAUCUAACGGAUGAGGUUUAUUUUAAUAGUGAAAUUGGGUUGUUGGGUAUGGCAUUUCAUCCAAACUUUGCACAAAAUGGCCGGUUCUUCGCUUCAUUUAUUUGUGACAAGUUCAGGUGGCCAGGAUGUGUUGGAAGAUGUUCAUGUAAUUCAGAUGUGCAUUGUGAUCCUUCAAUGCUGGUUUCUGAUAAUGGUGUCCAGCCAUGCCAAUACCAUAGCGUUAUUGCAGAGUAUUCUGUAAACAACACAGCAGUUGAAGCUUCCUUGGCCACAGCUGCCAAAUCAUUGGAAGUUAGAAGGAUACUUGCAAUGGGCCUUCCAUUCACAUCCAAUCAUGGAGGACAGAUUCUUUUUGGACCCAAAGAUGGGUAUUUAUACUUCAUGAUGGGAGAUGGGGGUGGACCACGUAAUGCUGGGGAUCCUUAUAACUUCUCCCAAAACAAGAAAUCAUUGCUUGGGAAGAUCAUGCGACUGGAUGUUGAUAAUAUACCAAGUGCUAAAGAAAUUAAUAACCUCGGCCUAUGGGGAAACUACUCCACACCGAAAGACAAUCCAUUUAGUGAAGAUGGUGAAUUGCUACCAGAAAUAUGGGCUUUAGGCUUCAGAAAUCCUUGGCGCUGCAGCUUUGAUUCAAAAAGGCCAUCCUACUUCAUAUGCGCAGACGUUGGUCAGGACGUAUAUGAAGAGGUGGAUAUCAUAACAAAGGGGGGAAACUAUGGCUGGCGUGUGUAUGAAGGCCCCUAUCUUUAUGAUCCUCCAUCAUCACCUGGUGGAAAUACAACUCUAAACUCAGUAAACCUAAUUACUCCAGUUAUGGGUUAUAACCACUCUGAAGUAUACAAGAAUGAAGGGUCAGCUUCAAUUACUGGGGGUUACUUCUAUCGCUCAAAAACUGAUCCAUGCAUGUAUGGAAGGUACCUGUAUGCAGAUUUGUAUGCUGGUGCUGUGUGGGCAGGAACUGAAACCCCUGAAGGUAGUGGUAACUUUACCACAAGCAAAAUUCCCUUCAGUUGUGCAAAGGACACUCCCAUCCAGUGCAUAUCUAUACCAGGAAGUGAUUUUCCAUCUCUGGGUUACAUUUUGUCAUUUGGGGAGGACAACCGCAAGGAUAUUUUUGUGCUAGCCAGCAGUGGCGUUUACAGAGUAGUUCGACCAAGUCGCUGCUAUUACACCUGCUCGAAGGAAAAUGUCACCAAUGUUGCAAGUCCAAGUCCUGCCACACCACCUACUUCGAGUGCAGGUCAGUUGCAAUGCCGAUGUAGCUGUAUUCUGGUCCUAAUCUCCUCGUUGUUGCUGCUUUGGUUUGGCGUUAUCUAACAUAUCACAGCAGUCUUUUUGUUGUGCU